GAUGUCAGACAAAAUUUUGUAGUUGUAGUAGUAAACCAUAUUUCAAAAUUUUUUAGUAAUUUUAUUCAAAUAUUUUCAUAAAAUACCUACUUGUAAAUUAUUAAGUUUUAUCAAUAUGGGGAACUUUAAAAUGCCUGCUGUGCGGCAAUUUCUAAAGAAAAAGACUAUUUAUGGACCUAAAAAAGAUCCAGUGUGGGUUUACUUAGAACAGGAAAUGAGGGAAAAUAUUAAUAAGAAACCUUACAACAAGGAAGUGGGUGCUUGGUUGAAAUUUUUGAAGGAUUUAAAGUAUUAUUUUUACUGUGAAGGUAAAAGAAAGGCCAGAAGAUUGGAAACGGAGACUGGUCCCUCUUGGUAUUGCGAGCUGUCUAGUAGUCAAAAAGAAGUGCUCAAUGACCUCAAAGCUAACAUACAUCAAGAUUUAUUGGAAGACUUGCCUAUAAGGAUACGGAAAUCAUUAUCAGAUCUAGGAUUCACUUUAAAAUUGCCAAAAUCUUUGCUAAUACGGGCAAUGAACGAAUCAAUUGAAGAUCCUGGUGUGUUUAUAUGGAAUUUAUAUUCAGCGGUUUAUAAAAAACUACCCAGCGAAUUAAGAUCAGGUAUUAUUAAGAUCUUUGUAUUUUACCUAUUUAAAAAUUAA